AUGAAUCGGAUAAUCGGAAGUUUUCGAUCGUCGCUUUCAGUUCCAGCGAGAAAUAUUUCCGUUUCGACGAAUUUGGCUAAAGCUAAUGCAGGAAAGGCAAAGAAUUAUGGCGUCCCCGGUCAAAAUCGGAAGCAGUGGUACUGGGUCACCUUAAAAUCAAUGGCUGGAACAGGCAACACGAUGACCUGGGUGCGUCACGAGAAAGAUCCAAAAGUCGUCAUUCUCCAUCCAGAUCCCAAACUUGACCCAGCCGCUUAUCCAGAUAGCAAAGUAUUAUGGGUGGAGACAAAGAGAGGCGAAAAAGUGUGGCCGUACAAUUUGCGACAAAUGAAAUUUAUUAUGGGCCAGGUUGGAGACAAGCGGCUAAUUAAGGACAAUCCGCGGUACUCGGCACCGUGGCACAGGCCCAUGGGAGCUGAUCAAGUCGCUGAGAGAUUGUACUGUAACUACUACUGUCAGAUGCCUGUAGAUCGGUUUUUCAUCGUUUCGAAAUCAGGAGGGUUGAUUUAUUCAUACGACAACGCAGCAGCAUGUCCAAGUGUUGAGCAGACUUUGGGCUUUCCUCUGCCUUUUGAGUUGGAUGUCGUUGAUGGCAAAAUUGAGGUUGUUUACGGCGAGCAAGAUGGAAUCAAAACGGGUCAAGUUUUGUUGAAUUACAAUGAGCAUGAGGUUUCCGGGACGGUUGUGCGCGACGGGUCCCAAACUGGCACCCCUGUGCUAACCCUUCUCGCGGACAAAGCCAACUACCCAGUAAAUCUUCGUUUUGGACUUCCCAAAAUGAGCAGCAAUGAGAAAAUCAUCAUGGCUUCGACUUUCCAUACCGUUUUCGCCUUUUCGUGCCAGCUUUCUCCUAUGACCGGCAGCUCGGGAAUAAAAGCGAUGGAUUGUGGAUCUUUUAAAUUUUUCUGCUUCCAGUCUCCUACAGGGACGAAAUUUAUUUGCCAGACAGACACAAGAGUAACCGAUGAGCGAGCAGAAUCUUUCCUCGAAAAGUGUUACGAAAUCUACUCAGAUUAUGCCCUGAAGAAUCCAUUUUAUAGCUUGGAAAUGCCUAUUCGAGCAGAUCUUUUCGAUAUCCAUCUCAAAUCGUCGAUAGAGCUUGUGGAUCGUCCUUUGAUGCGAAGCUAA